UAGCAGUAGCAGUAGCAGCAGCCCCCGCGGCGAGCCGCCGAGGCGAGCGCAGCCUCGGGACGGGAGGCCCGGCCGGGCGAGCCGGCGUGCGCACUUUGCCGCGGACUUUGCGAGUGUUUUGUGGAUUUGUACAAGCCCAGCCGCCAAGAUGAUGUCCAUGAACAGCAAGCAGCCUCACUUUGCCAUGCAUCCCACCCUCCCUGAGCACAAGUACCCGUCGCUGCACUCCAGCUCCGAGGCCAUCCGGCGGGCCUGCCUGCCCACCCCGCCGCUGCAGAGCAACCUCUUCGCCAGCCUGGACGAGACGCUGCUGGCGCGGGCCGAGGCGCUGGCGGCCGUGGACAUCGCGGUGUCCCAGGGCAAGAGCCACCCUUUCAAGCCGGACGCCACGUACCACACGAUGAAUAGCGUGCCCUGCACGUCCACGUCCACCGUGCCGCUGGCGCACCACCACCACCACCACCAUCACCACCAGGCGCUCGAGCCCGGCGACCUGCUGGACCACAUCUCGUCGCCGUCGCUCGCGCUCAUGGCCGGCGCUGGGGGCGCGGGCGCGGCGGGCGGCGGCGGCGGCGCCCACGACGGCCCCGGGGGCGGAGGCGGCCCGGGGGGCGGCGGCGGCCCAGGCGGCGGUGGCCCCGGGGGUGGCGGCGGUGGCGGCGGCCCUGGCGGCGGCGGCGGCGGCCCGGGCGGCGGGCUCUUGGGCGGCUCGGCGCACCCGCACCCGCACAUGCACGGCCUGGGCCACCUGUCGCACCCCGCGGCCGCGGCCGCCAUGAACAUGCCGUCCGGGCUGCCGCACCCCGGGCUCGUGGCCGCGGCGGCGCACCACGGCGCGGCGGCGGCGGCAGCGGCGGCGGCGGCCGGGCAGGUGGCGGCGGCGUCGGCGGCGGCGGCGGUGGUGGGCGCGGCGGGCCUGGCGUCCAUCUGCGACUCGGACACGGACCCGCGCGAGCUCGAGGCGUUCGCCGAGCGCUUCAAGCAGCGGCGCAUCAAGCUGGGCGUGACGCAGGCCGACGUGGGCUCGGCGCUGGCCAACCUCAAGAUCCCGGGCGUGGGCUCACUCAGCCAGAGCACCAUCUGCAGGUUCGAGUCGCUCACGCUCUCGCACAACAACAUGAUCGCGCUCAAGCCCAUCCUGCAGGCGUGGCUGGAGGAGGCCGAGGGCGCGCAGCGUGAGAAAAUGAACAAGCCCGAGCUCUUCAACGGCGGCGAGAAGAAGCGCAAGCGGACUUCCAUCGCCGCGCCCGAGAAGCGCUCCCUCGAGGCCUAUUUUGCCGUACAGCCCCGGCCCUCGUCUGAGAAGAUCGCCGCCAUCGCCGAGAAACUGGACCUCAAAAAGAACGUGGUGCGGGUGUGGUUUUGCAACCAGAGACAGAAGCAGAAGCGGAUGAAAUUCUCUGCCACUUACUGAGGAGGGUGUGAGA